GAGAACCUAGGCAAGCCCAAACUCACACGAAAGUCAAAGACACCGACGCGCAUCUCCUUCCUUCGUUCCCAAUCAUUCUUCAAAUCGACACACAUCUCUCUCUUCAUGACCUUUCCAAUCUCACUCUAUCGAUCUUCAUGAGAUACACCCCCUUCUCACGUUAUUCCACCUUCUCGUCUUUACAGUUCCCAGAUCGGUCCUUAGCAAAAUCCAUCGAUAAACACUCCCUCUACACACAUAUUUAUCCACACAGAUCAUUCCCAUCAGGUAUGCCACAAAACCCAGAUGCAAUCAGCUUGAUUUAAACCUUCAUUACCAUGCGAUUCAUUUUUCUGUGUUGAGUUUUCACAAAUUGGGUCUCUUUUCUGGUUCAAUUAUGGAACCCGCACAAGGACCAAGCCCUAGGCUCAGCACAAUCGCAGUACACAAAGAAACCCCAGAUCUUCAACCCUUCGAACAAGACUUACCCAACAAUGUUACUCGAUCAGAUCACGUCUUUCAAUCAACUAGUGCUUUAGAAAUCUUGAGAGAAACAGUAAGGAUUCUAAGGUAUAAUCUCAGUGGGUUCAUGGCAAUUGGGGCAUUACUAAUCUGUCCUGUUUCAGCUGUUCUUUUAUCGAAUGUUCUAGUCGAUCCAUCCAUCGUCAAAAGACUUGCUAUCAGACUUCUGUUAGUUUCAAAAUCAAGUGGCCUUCCUCUAAGACCUUUCGUUGAACACUCUUGCCAAAAAUUCUCCGAAAUGGCAAUCUCAACCACAAUGUGUUUCCCUUUAUACGUCACAUUGUUAUUGAUUUCAAAAGCUGCUGUUGUCUACUCAGUCGAUUGCACUUACUCACGAAAGAUGUUCGAUUCCUCCAAAUUCUAUCUCAUCUUACGGAAGAUCUGGAAACGAAUCGUCUCCACAUACUUGUUAGUAUGCACUGUAAUAGUCGGCUGCUUAACUUCAUUUCUCGUUCUACUCAUUGGCGUCAGCAGCUUACUCUCUGUAAUCGGAUUCUCCCCAAAUCUAAUCGCCUACUCUGCUAUCAUCUUCGGGUUAUUUUUCUCAGUGUUCUUCGCAAACGCCAUCAUCAUUUGCGAUCUUUCCAUGGUGAUUUCAGUAUUGGAAGACAUUUCAGGGUCUGAAGCGAUACUAAGAUCUACUGUUCUAAUCAGGGGUCAAACUCAAGUUGGAUUGAUGAUAUUUCUUGGAUCCACAAUCGGAAUGGCUUUUAUUGAGGGAUUAUUUGAGCAUCGUGUGAAAACUUUAAGCUAUGGAGAUGGGUCUUCGAGGAUAUGGGAAGGACCACUUUUAGUUAUCAUGUAUAGUUUUGUGGUGCUUAUUAAUUUUAUGAUGAGUACUGUUUUCUACUUCAGUUGCAAGUCUUACAGUUUGGAAAAUGGUUCAAGUGUAGAAUGUCAAUCGGUUUUAGAGGCAUUGACUGUUUCACCUGUAGGUGGGGUUGAUCAAUAGUUUAUUGGGAGAAAAAAAGUUAGUGAAAAUGUAUGAUUAAGGGGAGAAUAUAUAUAAAUGGGGUAUUGAAUUUAUAGCUUUAUGAAUUGGUUAAUGGAGGUGGAUGAAGAUGUGUAGCAUGGAAAAGCUUGGAACUUUAUGAUCUUUGAUGAGAAAAUGUCCCUUUUGGGGUGUUUUUGUUUUGGAUUAGAGUUAGAUACAUUGUUUCUUGAUUGUUGUGGUAUGACAGAUGAUGCAAAUUUACUCAUAGUUGUAUUGAACUUGAUGUACAAUCUGUUGUGGAGUUGAGGCCAUAAAUUAAUAGAAAGAAAGAUGAUUUUUGCUA